AUAUAACACAUAAUUUUAUAAGCUUAACAUUGUAAAAUAAAUGUUGAAUAACCCCUAUACACACAUAUAUACACGAUGAAAAAGUAGCACUUGACAAUAUAUGCAUAUGUAUAUUUUCUUAUAAUAAUUCUAUUAUCUAAUUAUACAAAACUAUACUGUGAUUCUCUUAGGUCUAAAAAUUUUAUUCACCGUUUGAUGUUUGAGAAACUAUACCCAAAAUUAUUAAGCAACCAUUUUUAUUGGUCUGAUACCCUUUGGGAUCCGUUCGCAAUUCGCUUAAAUUUAAAGUUGAGCUUGUUCGGACUUCUAAAUGGGAAAUAAAAUUCUCUGGGCAUUGUUUUUGUCCAUUCACAAUAUUUGAACUUGAGAUCUUACUUCGAUUCAUUGUUUGUAAGUAUUAAACAGCUGUUGAAUAGUUGAAGAAACAUCGAACUGCUUGCAUACCUCGAUUCAUCGAAUAAUGUUGUUAAAUAAUUUUUUUUUGAAAUAAUGUUGGUAAAUAUUAGACAGCCAUUGAAUAGUUGAAGAGACAUCCAAGAGAACUAAUUGAACUUUCAAUUAAACAUAUGCAAUCAAAGGCAGAUUCUGAUCAAAAUAUGUAAUAUAGGAAAACCCCGAAAAUCAAGUUGUAAAAAACUUUCCAAAUCCUCCUUCAUUUCUAAGUUCUCCAUCCAUUUUUAUUAAUAUCAUCAAAUAAAAGGUAAAAGAAACAAACAAAAACAAAAAUUCUUACCCCUCCAAACAAUUAAAUUUUAGCAAACUCAUUUGACAUAAAAACUUAUCUGCCUUUUUCCGUCUUCUAUUCUAUCAAUGGCUGAACAACCAAUCGGCAUGGUAAUCAUCAUUUACUUCUUCAUUGAAUUUCUUUUUCCUGUUAAACAUUUUUAUUAACAAGGGCUCACAGUUUCGUCGUAGACUUGUAUUUUGCAAUUGGAUACUGAUAUUCCAGGAUGGCACUUGGCAAUGAUAAAACUUUUCAAGUCUAUUCAAGAUGUAUCGUACUCCAUUGAUACACAAACAAAGUUUGCAUAUGUUUCUGGGGAAAUUGACAAAGAGCUUCUGCUAAAGUUGCUAGCAAAAGCCAAAACGCAUGCUUUUACUCAUCAAAUCAACUAUGGGAUCAAUCUUCCAAAACACACAUCAGAACCCACAAUGACGUGUGUUUUGCUAGUGGAUACUGAUAUUCCUGUUUGGCACAAAACAAUGUGUCUUUUAUUCAAGCCAAUGCAAGGUGUAACAUUCACCAUCAACGCAUUUACAAGGCAGGUUUAUAUUUCUGGAAAAAUAAGCCCUGUGUUACAGUUGAAGUUGCUAGCAAAAGCUGAAGCAAACGGAGCUCGACUUUGCUGGUUAUAUUAUGGAUGUGAACAUGAUCCAUGUAAACAAUCUGUGGCUAAGGAUGAGACCAGCGGCAAUCUAGCUCUUAGCUCCAAACCCAAAAAUUCUUUUUGCUGUUUGAUGUAAUAUAAUCUUUGGUUUGUUCUUUAAGUAGUUAGUAUUGAAGUUUUUCUCCCAUUUUUAAUGGAGGAAAACAUAGUAUUUUCUUUUUUAUGGUUUUGUUUUGUUCUAAGGCUGCUUACAUAAUUUUCUGUUUGGAAGCAGCUAAAACAAUUAUCAGUUAUCUAAUGUUUUUCAAAUGUCUUUUUUC